AUGUCAGACGCGUUAAACGAGAAGAAAGCCUCGCUCUCAGAAGCCGAACGAGCUCUCGCUUCCAGCACACAGCAGCGCAAAGAGGACGACGAGCUUGUUGCACUUGGAUAUGAGCCGGAACUUCGUCGCAAUCGCUCCCUCUACACCAUCUUAUUUCAGGUGCUUGCUAUUACUGCUGUACCAUUCGGUGAAGGUACUGCCUUGACCAGCGCAAUUUAUGGCGGCGGCCAGCUAGCAUACUUUGUGGGAUGGAUUGUUGUCUGUCUACUUGAUCAUUGGUCGUUUCAGUUGCUCCCUGAAGGCCGUGCUCGGACUAUCUUUUCCUUCAUCACGGGCUGGGUUUGGCUGAUUGGCAAUAUUACCAUUUGCCUCAGCGUGAACUUUGGCACAGCAUCACUCAUCGCCGGCACGGCCACCAUCUACCACCCGGACUGGCUAGCAUCCGACUGGCAACUGCUGCUCAUCUUCUAUGCCGUCUGCCUAGGCACUUUUCUUAUCUGCGCAUUUGGAAACCGACUCCUCCCUUACGUAGAUGCAGUUGCAUCGGUAUGGAACGGCUUGACUAUUCUGAUCGUUUGUGUCGCGCUGUCGGCGACUGCCAAUGUGGGACGCCAUAGUGUGGCCGACGCCCUCGCCAACUACGACAAGAGUUUCUCCGGAUGGGGGAAUUUCACCUUCUUUAUUGGCCUACUUCCGACAGCCUACACUUUUGCAGCAAUAGGUAUGAUUACGUCGAUGGCGGAAGAAGUAGCAGACCCAGCCAGAGACGUUCCCACGGCUCUGAGUCUCGUCGUACCUAUUUCUGGGGUCGCAGGUCUGUUCUUCAUCCUUCCGAUAUGCUUUACGAUGCCCCCUCUUCAGGAAAUACUGAACGCCCCUCAAGCACAAGCAAUGCCAUAUGUUUUCCAUGCUGUGAUGGGCACCCCGGGAGGAGGCUUAGCUCUCAUGUUCUUCCUGCUGGGUGUUGCAGUAUUUUGCUGCAUCAGUAUUACCACGGCUGCCUCUAGAACACUUUGGGCAUUUGCAAGGGAUCAAGCAAUCCCAUUCUCAAGCAUAUGGUCGAAGCUGAUUGGUGAUCAAGUACCUUUUACAGCCUUGGCACUGCUGACGGUGAUUCAAAUGUUGCUUGGUCUUGUCAAUCUAGGAAGCACGAGCGCCUUCACAGCCUUUGCUUCAUGUGGAGUCAUCGCACUUGCUGCAGCAUACGCUAUAGUAAUUGCAAUUUCUCUAUUCACCGGACGAAAGGCCGUGUCAACUGCUCGAUGGAGAUGUCCUAAUCUCAUCGGGUAUUUUGUCAACGUCGUCUCCAUUGCCUGGGUCGCCUUUCAAUUGGUCCUUUUCAGUAUGCCUGCGGCUUUGCCAGUAACCGUGGUAUCUAUGAACUAUGCUUCCGUCGUUCUUGUCGGGUUUAUGUUCAUAUCUUUCAUUUACUAUGUCGCUCAUGGUCGAAAAGUCUACAAUGGAACCCCUGUCAGCGAUGGUAUAUGA